AUGGAUGAAUUCAAAGAUUCACCGAGAAAAUCUUUAUUUUCAAUCCAGAUUGAUGAUGUCGUUAUUCAAAGAGUAUUUCAAAAACUUCAGGAUGAGGUUACAGCUCUUGAAUUCCAAGUUAAACAACUCAAAGAUGAUGUAGCUACAAAACCUUCAAGACAAGAAAUAUCUGUUAUCUCAAAGACUGUAGAUAUCCUUAAAGAGGAUAACACUUCCUUUAAAGAAUCGAUUUCAAAAGAACUACACAGCUUUAAAAUGGAUUUUACUUCGCAAUUUAGUGCUAACAAAGAAUCAACCAAAAAAGAAUUAACUGAUGCAAUCUUCUCAAUCAACAGCGUAGUAAGAGCUCAAAAUGCAUUAAUAGAAGAAAAAGUUUUUGAAUUAACGAAGCCAACUUUCGAAUUUAACGAAAUGCGCGCUGCAGUAUCAGAUGUUAAAACAUCACAUGCUCAAGUAAUGAAUGAACUUAAGCGAUUACAGCUUUCUUUCGCUCAUGUCAUGGAAGUAAAUUCAUUCGAAGAAUUCGAAGGAUGGAGUUUAACAAAAGCCAUCCAUCUUGCUACAGAAGGUGAUAGAAGCGAUAUUAAGAUGAUUCAAGCUCAAAUUAAUACACUUUCAAAUCGAAUUGAAAAUGCAGAAGCAGUUGCAAGAAAAAUCUGUAGAAAUCCUAACGAUCCAUUACCACAGUGGAUUAAAUCGCCAAAAUACGAUCUUAAAGCAAAACCACAAAUUCCAAGAAUUUCGACUGCUACAUCGUUUAUAGACUACUUUGAAUACUUAAUGCAGUUUGCUCCAGCAGUACAGAAAGUUUUGAAUGGUUUUUACCAUCAAUUUACAAUACUUUCUAACCAAGUUUGGGAAAAUAAUGGAGAAAGAGAAAUACCAAAAGAUAACGAUACGAGACUGAAAGAGAUGGAAGAUGUUAUUGAGGAACUUAAACUUAAAGCUAUUUCAAAGGCAGAACUUUCACAAAUUAAAGAUGAAAUUGCAGAAUUAAAGGGAAUUGAAAUACCUCGACUUAAAUUAAACAAAAUUUCAUCGAGAUUGGAUGAACUAAGUGAUAAAGUUGCCACAAUUGAUACAUUUGAUGAAAAAAUUGAUUCAAUGCAAAAGAAUUUCGAAUCAAUAAUCCAUAGUGCAAUGAGGGAAGUUCAAAGCGCUAUUGUUUCUCCUGGAGUUUCACCAAGAUUCCCAAGAGAUUUCACAGCUGCAAAAACGUCAGUAACUCCGCAUGCAAACCAAGCUCAUAAAGUAAUGUAUGGUGAAUUUCAGAAUCAAAGAACGCCAUCACGACCUCAAACAGAGAUGAAAAGUGAAAGAUCUCCAGGUUCAAAUCGGAAACCAUCAUUGAGGCCUCUGGAUGAUUUGAAUCCAUCAUAUUAA